CAACCAUGAUCGAGAGCAUGAAAACACUCUGUCAAGUCUGAUCUAGGAAUUUAAACAGGAGAAGACGUGAAAGGAGAACACAAAGUGAUACAAAAAAGGCAGGAAUUUGGAGCAAUUUGCCUUUUUAACCAGGGUUUCAUUGCAACGGAAUCGACAUGGUUGAUUAGGGUAUCAUUCGCAACAGAAAGAUACUCAGUCUGCUUCAACAAAGGCUACGCGUCUCACACUGGAGGAAGAUGCCCUUCUUGCGAUUUUCGAGGCGCAAAAUAAUUGUUGCUCUGUUGACCAGCUGCCUGCUUUUCUUGUGGAGCACCCAGACCGCCCUGCACAAGCACACAGUCUUCCUACCAAAUGCGAACGAAAAACCCGUGGUGGUAGACGACGAACCGCGCCGUAACGCUUUUUCCGAAAGCAAUAAUGAUGAAUCCAUUUGGGCCCGUGUUCCCCAACACCACCCUGUCCGGUCUAUGAUUCCGAUCCCUUCUCCUGUCCCGAGCAGUAUCCCCAAGAUACAACAUAAAUUUGGGGAGGAAAGCAGUGAAGCACGAAGGGUGAGGACAGGACGCCUAGACGCUGUGAAGGGGAACUUUACACACGCUUGGAGAGGAUAUAAAACACGCGCAUGGAUGAGCGAUGAGGUUAAACCCAUUUCCGGUGAAGCCCAUAAUCCAUUUGGAGGAUGGGCAGCCACUUUGGUUGAUGCGCUUGACACUCUCUGGAUUAUUGGUCUUCAUGAUGAGUUUGAAGAAGCUGUCCAGGCUAUUGCUAAGGUCAAUUUUAGUCGCUGCGCCUUAGAGGAAUACAGUGUCUUUGAGACAACAAUCCGAUACCUUGGUGGUUUGCUCUCGGCUUACGACUUGAGUGGAGAGAAAUAUCCAUCUCUACUAACAAAGGCCAUUGAGCUGGGCCAAAUGCUUUAUGUAGCGUUUGACACGCCCAACCGGAUACCCAUUACUCAUCCAAAUUUCAUUGCUGCUGCGAAAGGUGCUGCACAGAAGCCCCAAGAUUCUGCGCUGGCCGCUGAACUAGGGUCUCUGACAUUGGAGUUCACCCGACUCAGCCAGCUAACCAACGACCCACGGUAUUUUGAUGCAGCUCAGCGCCUCAUGGACAUAUUUGAAGAACACCAAAGUCAAACACGAAUUCCUGGUCUGUGGCCAGUUGUUAUCAAUACAAGGAAGCUAGAUUUCACCCGUUAUGGUGGUUUCACGAUUGGCGGUAUGGCUGACUCUCUCUACGAGUACCUUCCAAAGCAACAUAUUCUACUAGGAGGGGCUACUAAACAAUAUCGACAGCUGUACCAGAAUGCCAUGGCAGCUAUUAAACGUCACAUUUUGUAUCGUCCCAUGACAAAAGGAGGAGAAGAUAUCUUACUUCCAGGCAAUGUCUGGGCCGACGGUAAUAUCCCCCUCUCUGAGCUAAAGGCCGAUGGAGAAGCACAGCACCUAGGCUGUUUUGCUGGCGGUAUGGUUGCAAUUGGUGCAAAGAUAUUCAACAACCCCGAAGAAGUAGAUAUAGCUCGUAAAUUGGCCAAUGGUUGUGUUUGGGCCUACGAGACAGCAAAUCAAGGGAUUAUGCCAGAAAUCAUGCACACAGUGCCAUGUGAAGAUCGAGACAACUGCCCUUGGAAUGAAACUAAGUGGCAUGAGGCAGUCAAUCGAGCUUAUCCUUUUGGGAACAUGCCUGCCGAACAAAAAAUCCGAGCGAAAAAUUUGCCUCCAGGGGUAACAAAAAUUGGCGACGCUAGGUACAUCCUUAGGCCCGAAGCAAUCGAAUCUGUUUUUGUCCUCUAUCGUGUCACAGGCGACCCUUCGUUCCUGGAGAAAGCAUGGAAGAUGUUCAAUGCCAUCGUUGAAAACACUAUUACCGACAUUGCUCACGCCGCACUAGACGAUUGUACCUUAGCAGACCCUCCUAAAGCCGAUCGCAUGGAAUCCUUCUGGCUCGCGGAGACGCUAAAGUAUUUUUACCUGAUAUUCGCUGAACCGGAUGUGGUAAGCCUGGAUGAAUACGUAUUGAAUACUGAAGCCCACCCUUUGAAAAGAAGCGUAUAACCCUUUCUAGAGCCCAGCCCUUAUGUCUAAUCAGUUUUAUUCAGUUUCAAGUACAUAUUAUGUGGCCGGUCCUCUUGACUAUGGGGCUGCCUGUCUUGUUGUCUUCCGAUUUUGCGAGAAAAUAUGUCCCUCGUGACUGAUGCCUCUUUUAGAGCUUUCGAUUUGACAGCCCAUGUAUUGCAGCAAUACUAGCCAAGAUGAUGUAAAAAUGUGUGAUUGUGCUUGCCCCAAUGGCGUUGAAUCUAAUAAGGGCUCGUCUGGAAAAUCAUUCAACUCCAUGUUUCUAAUCUUGCUCGUGGCGUACUAGCAAAACGAACCAUAGGGUAACUGCGUAUCGAGAAAUUCGGAAUGGAUCCUUCAAUGGGGAAUAAAGGCGCUCAGGGAUUUGUCAACCUAGCAAGACGGCAUGCUACGACAUAGCCUGAUGCGCGGUCCUGGACAAAAGCAUUUUGCAUCCUAGUAUAGUAUUGGGUCCAUUCUCGCGGCCUGGUUGACCCGGUCAAGCUCGGUCGGGUUAACCAUUUACGAAAUCUUCACCCUGAAUUGGAGGUCGGAGCUUUCAUAUCCAACAAAGUUCUCAUACAUCCAUAACAAGUUGACCGAGGAACCGUAGUUGUUUCCCCAUUCGAUCCGAUAUCCAUUUGAGACCCGGAUGCCGCGUUCAGAUUCUCACCGGCAGGCACUCUGCAAAGGAUACACAUUUUUGCAUUUUCCACCCCUGGAGUCGUAAGUUUAUCAACGGUUCGUACGAUAUUGGCCAUGACACCCGGAUAUUUCGCGCCCUGCGUCAGGACAUAUUGCGACAUCAAAUCUUCGAUUGACAUGUGCCUGUUCGACAGGUCCUCGAAAUUCCGUGGAUCUUGGUCGAUUAUCUGCUGGAGAUCGCGCAGCGCGUAAGAAGCAUAUACCUCUAGUUCAGACUUAUAUAGAUCCCGUAACGGAAAAUUGAAAUAAAUGUCCCACGGGGACAUCCCUUCACAAACAUUCCACACGAGAGAAGACCCUCUCCCUUUAGCAACGUUUGCCAAUGUCUUUGCAGCCAACCGGCUGUCCGAAUCACCCCAUAGAAUUCCAUCACAUUUGUGGGAUUUAGCGAACGCGACAAUUAGCCGUCUUAGGAGUAUUCCAUCGAUAUCUGCGCGGGCUGUGGCUGUCGAGAAUGAAGCACGGAACAGGUUUAAAAUUUCUUCAUCUGAUCUGGAUGGAUUACUCCCCAAAGGAAUGCCUGUAUGUUGCGAAAUAUCACCUCUAAUGUCGGGAUCAUAAUCAAAUAUACUGCGGAGAGGUACUUCUGAGUAUGUAUUAUCGGGAUAAGCCUCUUUAAUCUUGGCUAGUCUCCCAGAUGCAGCUGCGCCUUUCGAUGGAUGUAAUGAAACUGGAUCAACAAUCAAGACAUGCAGAUCGAAAGCAGUGCGCUUUUGCCCUGUUGUGCGCUGUUUCAGAAGCAGACUGCUGACGAUAUGGAGCAGUGCAAGGGAAGAUACACCGUAUGAGAGGGGAAGGAUGAGCUUUCGCUGUCGGUCUUUGGGGGCAUUUCUCAAACGAUAUCUUUCCAU